UUUUUUUUGUUUUGUUUUUUUUGACCACGGCUUUGGUUUGAACUAACUCUUAGAUCUGCAUGUGGAACAGCUUCAGGUUUUGUACCUGAGUUCAGCAGGUGAUGGAACUGCAGAGACCUAAAUUUGAAUCAGUUGGAAACGAAAGCUUGGAGAACUGGCAGUUAAUUGGCUUUGGUGGAUUUGGUCAAGUCUUCAAGGCUAGACACAAGAAGUGGAGGUGUGACGUGGCCAUUAAGCUACCUCGACAUGCUGCUGGCACUAGGGACAUAGAACUGUGUGAGGAGGCAAAUCAUAUGGCCAAAGUCUCCUUACACAGUUCUGUGCUGAGGCUUUAUGGAAUAUAUAGGGGAUCUCCACCAAAUGGAGGGCAGAACAUUCAGUUGGGAAUUGUUAUGGAGCUCAUGGAUAGAGGAUCUGUUCAGACCCUGCUGGAGACUUUGUCAGGUCCACCACCAUGGCCUCUGGCCUUCCGCUUGGCCUACGAAAUCGCUCAAGGAAUGAACUUCCUCCAUGAGAAGAAGAUUUUGCACCAUGACCUAAAGCCAAGCAAUGUACUGCUGGAUGGUGACCUUCAUGCCAAGCUGGCAGAUUUUGGUCUGUCCAGGGUUUCCACCAGUGUUCUGAUGAGCUCUGAAGAAAUGUCCACAGUGAAAGGAGGCACAUGUCAGUACAUGCCUCCAGAGUCUUUUGAUCCAUCAUAUAAGCCUGUUCGUAAAUUCGACAUAUACAGCUAUGGUAUUCUUCUGUGGUCUAUUAUUUGCGGAAAAAAGCCUUUUCCAGAUGCUACUCUAGCUCUUUUGAAACUGAAGAUCCCAAAGGGGGACAGACCUCCCUGUGAUGAAAUAGACCAGAGAAAGGCAGAAGGGCUGAGAGAGCUGGUUGGCCUCAUGGAGAGGUGCUGGGAUGGAGAUCCAUCCAAGAGGCCAGACUUUGGAGGGUGUGAUGAAAUCACUAAGGAUGUGUUCUUAAAGCACAGGGCGGGGAUUCACCAUGCAGUCGGACAAGUCAUGAAAAAAUUGGAUUCACAACAUGGUAAUCAAUAUCCUGACACAUGUGGUCCACUCGGUGUUAAUCAUGAGAUGCCAGGACAGUCAGAGUCAAAUGAUAAAGUUGAUGGAAGAACUGAAAUGCAGGAUAUGCAGCUUGAUCAUCAACAUUCCAUCACAUCGAGUCCAUCUGGUUUUACUGCUGAGAUGGCAGCAUCAAACGAUACUUUGGACAUCCCAUUGCGGGUAUUUAUUUGGAAGCAAGAAGACGCCAUAACUAUUAUCCCCAACUGAAACAGCAAGCCAUCAUGGGAUAUGAGUGAAUACUCCUCAGUUUACUUAAAGAAAGGGGUUUGCUUAAUGUUUGGCACAGAUCAUUGUCCUAUUGUGCUUUGCAAGCACUAGUUCUUUGUGCUUUCAAAGGAUUGUGUUGGAUGUUAAUAGUCUGCAUUAAAAAAACAUUUUAAUUGGGCUUUUUAAUAUUUUACUGUUAAACCUUCUUACAAGGACCUGUAUUUUAUCAACAUGUUUAGACAUAAAAACUAAAAUUGAUAUGUAUUUGCCUACUCAGUGGAAUUGCUUAUUUUGUACUCUUAUACACAGAUGUUCUGCUGUUUUUACUUUAAAUGAUCAUCUGUCUCUCUGUUAAUGAUAAUAAACUCGUGCUACCCAUCAA